AUGAGCGCGAAGAAGUGGGUGACACCACUUGAUAUACUGCGUAACUGCAGGGGAAAGGUUGUAUCCGUUGAGUUAGUUGGGGGUGAGACAAUCAACGGGACUGUGGUGCGCGUGGACCGGUCUAUGAACAUGCUGCUGAAGCAAUGCAUAAGAACAGGCGCCGAGGGAGACGCCUUUUGGCGAUCGCGAGAAUCACUUGUCCGUGGAGCAAGUGUGCGAAACGUGCGGAUGGACGAGCGGGCAUUAGUUAUACCCGAGUCAAAUACGGUGGAAGGUAAGAAGAAACAGCAAAGCAAUAGGAAGGCAGCUGUGGCUGGAUCGAAACGUAGUCGAGCAAGUUAG